AAAAUCGCGAGAAAAGAGUUUUUGAAAUCAUUAUUGAGAUGCGAUUCAAAGCCAACACAACAAUCGCUCGACUCGUCUCUCGCCGCGCGCUCUCUUCGCUCUCUCAGCCAAUGGACGCGAAGGACGAGUUGCUGGACAUUCGGCGGCAGUUCUCGCGAACGCAGGGCUCGGGAUCCGUAGAGCUCGAGCGGAACGACUCGACGGGAGUGGCGAUCAUUCGCUUUCGAAACGCUUCGAAACGAAACGCAAUUUCCGGACAAAUGAUGUCUCAGUUCUGGGAAUCCAUUGAAGAGUUGCAGAGAUGGAAGAAAGGCCGGGCGGUCGUCGUGUGCGGCGCCGACGGCUUCUUCUGUUCGGGCGGAGACCUGACGACUGUGCGCGCGAUCGCCGAUCCCGUGAACGGCCGCCGGAUGUCGCUUCUGAUGCACGCGAAUCUCUCGCGACUGCAGGCGCUCCCUCUGGUGUCGGUCGCAGUGGUCGAGGGAAUGGCGAUCGGGGGCGGGGCCGAGAUCUCGACGUCAUGUGACUUCCGCCUGAUGGGCGAGAGCGCGCUCAUGGGCUUCGUGCACAUCCGUCUCGGCAUUGCGAGCGCGUGGGGCGGGGGUUCGCGUCUCGCCGCUCUCAUUGGUCCGCAGAGGGCGCUGCAGAUGAUGCUGAGUGGGCGGCGCCUCGACGCGACAGAAGCGCUGCGAUUGGGUCUCGCGGACGACGUCAUCCCGAGUGACGUAAACGGCGUGCAGUUCGCGCACCAGUGGGUGGAGCGGCUGUUGGGCUACGGCGCGCGCGAAACCAUAGGCGCCGUGAAGGGCAUUGUGAACGGCGCCCGAUAUCUGCCGCUGGAGUUGGCGCUCCGCGAGGAAGUGGAGUACUCGGCGUCCGUGUGGGGAGGCGUCGCCCACCAGGAGGCGCUCCAACAGAACAUUAAACACAAAUGAAAGCGAUUUUUAGCCAUUUAGUGAUACUUUUAGUCAAUUUUCUGUACUUUUUCCUCAAAAUUAAUUCCGCAAUAAAUACGAAAC